CAAACAUGAAUAGUGACUAAUAGUAAUGAUUUAUAACAAAUAAAUAUCAUGGGAAAUGGAGAUACAAGCUUUUAGUCUGAGUGCAAGGCUAUAUUGUCAAUGGCUUAAAAACUUUAACAUGGCUGUUACAAACAUGGAAAUACACGUUCUGUACAAACAUUGUACACAAUAAGCCAGCCAAAUUGAUACAACACAUAAACCAGUGUCCAUGAUCCGGGACCCCCAAUAACAAGUACAAAAUAGACUUCAGAUAUAUAUUUAAAAAUAAUAAUAAUAAUGACAAAUCAAAAUUUUGUGCAGGCGUAAAUAUUGUAAAUAAAUUAUCCAUUAGUCUAUUACUGUACCGAACUUGUCAUGCGCCCACAAAAAGGUAGCGACCUCCAUUAGACAUGAUUCAAAUCGAGCACUGAUUUGACCAUUUAUUGACUAAUUUACAUUUCAAUUUUUAAUACUUUGUUUCAAACCUUUAAGAUUUGUUCUUUUCAUUUCUCUUUUCUGUUUUUAUAUAAAGGUGACAAAAUAAGGCAGGAAGACUUAGAAGCACACAGCUACAGGGAGACCACAAUACUGACAGAAAAUCCGUGGAAGGAAAACAUCCCAAAUAGUUUGGAUUCUUUUUUCUUUUCUUUUCCUAUCUGAUAAGCAGUGUUUUAGAAUGAAUCUGUACAUCCAUGCUUUGGCGUGUGCCUUUGGUCUGGGUUCCUGGGUGUCCAUUAAUGGCUUGUGGGUGGAGCUUCCUCUGAUAGUCAACGUUCUGCCAGAGAGGUGGGACUUACCCUCUUACCUCACAGUUAUUAUUCAGCUUGCCAACCUCAGUCCUCUGCUGGUCACCCUGGCACACAAAUUUUGCCCUGGACGACUGCGGGAAAAUCUGAUUAUCUAUGCAGUCCUGUCCAUCGGCAUCGUGGCUUGUGUUCUGCUGGCUUUUUUUUGGAAGCACACCACCGUGUUUCUAGGGCAACCACGUAGCACAGCAUUUUUUAUCCUCACGUUCUUUCUCGCCCUCGUCGAUUGCACCUCCUCUGUCACAUUCUUGCCAUUUAUGAUGCAACUUCCUGCCAAAUACAUCACCACGUACUUCAUUGGAGAGGGUCUGAGCGGUCUGGUUCCAGGCCUUGUUGCGCUGGCGCAAGGGGUUGGAAUGUCAAAAUGUGUCAACGUGUCGAAUAACCUUACUGAGCCUGGACACCCGCCCUUCAUAGUGGAGACGCAUUACCUCCCUCCCAAUUUCUCGACAGAGAUCUUUUUCUCAUUUUUGGCUGUAAUGACAGCAAUAAGUUUAGGUGCGUUCUUUAUGUUGAACCGUGUGCCUCGCACCUUUGAACUGUCCACCGAGAAUCUUGUUCCAGAUGCUGUGGCGACAGUCUGCAAGAGUUUGGAAAGCUCUGUGGAAGCCAGUCCAUGCACAAACAGUAAAGAGAAAGUUGGAAAGAAGGCUGUAAUGCUGGAAAGCGGAUACCAGCUUGCAUUUAUCUAUUUAAUGGUGGUGUGGAUGAAUGGAGCAACGAAUGGACUGUUGCCAUCUGUACAGUCGUUUUCCUGUAUGCCUUAUGGAAAUAUGGCCUAUCACCUGUCGGCCGCUCUGUCGUCAGUAGCCAAUCCAGUGGCUUGCAUCAUUGCAAUGUUUUUCCCUAAACGGUCUUUGGUAUUUUUGGGUUUCCUGUGUGUGCUGGGCUCUGUUUUUGGAGGAUACAAUAUGGCCAUGGCUGCCAUGAGUCCUUGUCCAUUACUCCAAGAUGCACCUCUAGGGGACGCUAUUAUUGUGUUGUCGUGGGUGUUCUUUACUGGCCUAAUGUCUUAUGUGAAGGUGAUGGUGGGUGUGAUCCUCAGGGACAGGAGUCAUAGCGCACUCGUGUGGUGUGGAGCGGCAGCGCAGGCAGGCUCGCUGCUGGGCUCUGUUAUUAUGUUUCCUCUGGUUAACACCUUCCACCUGUUUCAGUCUGGUGAUAUCUGCAACACUGAAUGUCCAUUAUAGUAAAAUCUUUUAUCAUAUUUAUAAGGGAAUUAACAAAGGGAAUAAUCUACUUGCUUUUACUCUGUCAGCUAAUAAAAAUCAGUGUAGAGUUAAAAUCCUUAUCAUUGAAAACGAGUAUGUGUCAGGGCAUCCUGAGAACAAAACCAUAAAAUGUUUCACUGAUGUUUGCUAUCCCUUUCUCUUUUUUGACCCUCUGCUCUAUUAUUUUCACCAUUGCUUUAUUACACAUUUGUAUAUUUAUAUAGUAUUGUGGAUUAUUUAUGGUGUUAUUGAUACGUAAAAACAUUUCAUUCUGGUAUAUAUAUUUCCUGUGAAUAUUAUGUUAUGUGUUCUGCAAAAUACAACAAGCCUAUCAUUGAACAGUUUUGUGUUCUACUGUCAGUGCAGACUGAGGAUGGUAUUAAAGAAAUGUGCUGUAUGUAAACAGACCCUUUCAGUGAAAAAACAGAAACAUUAUAAGAAUGGCAAAUAUUUUGCUUUAAAUGGAAAUUAUAGGUGUUCUCUGUGGGUCUAUAAUGGUUAUGUUGCAUAAUAUUGCGGUGGGAUGACAUCUGCCGAAUGGCAACCAAUAGAUCACCAUAAAAAUUAUAGUAUUAUAAAAUACUUUGUUUUGGAUUUAAUUAUUAUUCUAAUUUUAAAGUAAUUAUUUUUACGUUUAAUUUAGUGCAGUAGGCUACCUUGUUCCAUAGACCUCUGUGUUAAAAUAAUUAUGGUACAGUACUGUAAAUGAGACGACCCAACUAGGCAUAUUAGUUUAUGUUUAUUGACGUCAUGUCACAGACGCCGCACAUUCGUCAUAACCGACACUGUCAUGAUACGUCUCAUCACUAGAUGGCGCUCAAUUGCUAUAUGUAUUGAUGUAUCUGCUGUUUUUGCUGAUGCUUGAUGGUUUCAUAAUAGGUUGUUGAGUUUAUGUCAGUCAGUGUAUGAAUGUAAUAAAGCAGCCUGCAACAUGAAAGCGUGCUAAGCAGUAAAACCAAGACACUUGGCCAUCAUUAAUAGGCCUAAUGAGUGAAAAAUAAUUAGUGGUAAUGAUACUAGCACAGCAUUUAUUUUACUUGUGCCAUUUAUCAUCUGCCAUUUAACUUUAAUUGCUUUUAGUCAAAGUAAUGUCCAGUUCAC